AACGGAGCUUUUUUAGUCAACAGACCAAACCAUGUCUCUGGUUUUUUAGUCUCACACGUGUGUGAUGACGUGAAGGAAUUUUUUUUGUUGUUGGUCUGAAGUAGUUGAAUGUGGCUUCUCAACCUUUUAUAUAUUUCUUCAAUACAAAUCAAAGGAAGAAUUCUAACACACAAAUCUUGAUAAAGGAAUCACAUUCGUUGUUGAUUCAUCAUAUCUCCUCUUCAAUGAAUGGCCUCCUCGAUUCUUCUCGUGAUAUCAGUCAUAAGAAGAUGAAAAAUCCGCGAUUUGCGUUUCGCACAAAGAGUGAUUCAGAUUUACUUGAUGAUGGUUAUCGAUGGAGAAAGUACGGUCAGAAGUCCGUCAAGAACAGCUUGUAUCCCAGGAGCUAUUAUAGAUGCACACAACACAUGUGUAACGUGAAGAAGCAAGUUCAGAGGCUGUCGAAGGAGACGAACAUGGUGGAGACAACUUAUGAAGGAAUCCAUAACCAUCCUUGUGAGGAGCACAUGCAAACCCUAACACCUCUUCUUCAUCAAAUGCAGUUCCUGUCUAAGUUGAUCACCUAAUCUAAUUAUGUGUAUAUAUAUCUUAACGAUCUAACGUUCCCUAGCUAGUUCAUAUAACGGAGCGAACUAAAGCCUUGUAAUCAUAUAUGUCAAUAUAUAUGUUCAUAGUUUCAAUCUCA